CGUCACACGAGCUCAGCAAAGGCAAGAGCACAAGACGACGCAUAUCUCGACCAGCACCGUUUUCAACGUCGAGGCAUUGGCUUUCUCAACCAUCAAAAAUGGCUUCAAUGAAGGCUGUCAAGAUUAAGAAUGGUAAAGGCUCGCUUGACGACUUAUGCAUCGAUGCCAAGACUCCCAAACCGGCAGCCAAAGAAGGUCAGCUUCUCGUCAAGAUUGCAGCCUUUGCACUGAAUCGCAUGGACAUCACGCAACGAGAAGGCAAGUAUCCCCUUCCACCUCAAGCGGGUCCAAUCAUGGGUGUAGAAUUUGCUGGUGUCGUUGAAGAUAUGGGCGACGGCUGUUCGGACUCCUUCUCGGUCGGUGAUGCCGUCUUUGGUUUGGCGUACGGUGGAGCUUACGCAGAGUACAUCUCAGUGAGCGAAAAAAUGUGCAUUCACAAGCCUGAUGCGUUUGACAUGAUUACAGCGGCGAGCUUGCCCGAAGUAUGGUUCACUGCCUUGCAAGCGUUGCAUAUGGUGGGUGAUAUGCCUCGCAAGGAGAGCAAUUUGAAUGUGCUCAUCCACGCAGGUGCUUCUGGUGUUGGUCUUGCUGCUAUCCAGUUGGCGAAACAGGCUGGAGCGAAGCGCAUCUUUGCAACUGCAGGCAGCGACAAGAAGCUCGAAUUGUGCCGCAAGUCGGGUGCAACGUUGGCUGUCAACUACAAGACGCAAGACUUUGCUGAAGUUAUUCGCGCAGAGCUACCGGAGGGCGAGGACGUCAACUUCGUGUUGGACUUCAUUGGCGCUGACUAUUGGGGCAAGAACAUUGCCCUUGCUGGUCGAGAUGCGACCAUUGUGUAUCUGGCCAUGAUGUCUGGGUCAAAGCUCGAGGUGGACUUGAUGCCUAUCCUCUUCAAACGGCUGACUAUCCGAGGUACGACACUCCGUUCGCGCGAUCCAACAUAUCAAGGCAAGCUGCGUGAUCUUUUCUGCGAGGCUGCCCUUGAUAAGCUUGUCAGUGGCGAGUUCAAGAGCCAUAUCGAUAAGGUGUUCACUAUGGAGCAAAUCAGGGACGCCCAGGAGCGUAUGCAGACCAACGCUGGUGAUGGCGGCAAGAUUGUAUGUGAAAUUCAGCAAUGAUAGGAUGUAUACGAUGUAUUAUCAUGAAUUGCUUGCUGAGCUGCUAUUGUCUGAGUUACUGGCCAGCGCACAUGUAGUACUGCACGCUGCAUGAUCCUGUAUCCGACCCCGG